AUGGAGUCUGUGGAAAACUCGAAGUGGGAGACAAUGUCGUCAAGCGCUGCGGGAGAUGCAAAGCUAGCUUCUACUGCACAAAAAGACUGGCCGUCGCACAAAGACGAAUGUCGUGCCAGGGCCAACAUGGCGGCAGGUAAGCCGUGGUACGACCGGUACCGAAAAUGCGAGGACGGCAGCUCGCACUUCGGCAAGCUGGAACUCAUCACCUGGGGUGGUGUUUGCUCGGUUACCGGCGAUGAAAUGGGCUGGGGCAAUUGUGUCGCGUCCAAAUCGGCGGAGCUGAAACGUAGAUACGAGGAAGACUUCAAGUCGGAUGACAUCUGCAUGCAUCAGUACUGGCCGCAAGGCUUUCGAUGGACGUGUUGUGGCAUACUUAGCGAUAUGAAUUUCGGGUGCGAUCAUCACGGCACCGGUCCUAAGCCGUGCUCGUGUGACUUCUGCCUCAGCGGAAAGUCGCUACCGGAUAAUAUCUUUAAAGAUACGAUAUCACGCUGUGGGCUACAGCUUUCUCGUGGGCCGGAUCCGCGGUUGUAUGAUGACAUGAAAGCUUCGACUGCGGCAUCGAUGCGCCCUCUAUUUGGCUUACCAUCAUAUCAUAUCUGA